CCAAAACCAAACUUGCAAAAACUAAUAAAAACACAAAUCGAAAGACGAUACCAACAACAACCAUAAUCAAGUUCAACCGCUGGAUGCUGCAGAGCAAAAUUCUAGAGAGAGAAACAAGAGUGAGAAGGACGUACCUUCCGACAUUUUCUCUUUUCUUUAAGCAAAAGCCUGAUACUGAACCACCAUAACCAUUCUUCUUCUUCUUCUUCCACUACUUGAUCUCUCUCUCUCUCUCCAUAUCCGAUCUACUGCUAGGGUUUCUCAAUUCCCCUCUCUUUUCUUCUUUCUCUCAUAUUUAUGCUCAAUGUCCUAUAGAUUUGCUCUGUAAUUCUUCGUAAGCUUCGGAAAAAUGGUGGAUUCUGGGCCAGUUACGCCUGGACAGGUGUCAUUUUUGCUGGGGAUCAUCCCAAUAUUUGUCUCGUGGAUAUAUUCAGAGUACUUGGAGUACAAGAAAUCUCUAUCUCCCCACAAAGUUCAUUCAGACAUUAACCUAGUUGAAUUGGGUGGAGAGACUACCAAGGAAGAUGAUCGUUCUGUUUUGUUAGAAGGAGGUCUCACAAGAUCAGCAUCUUUAAAGUUUUAUAGUCCGUCCAUUAAAGCAAAUUUAAUUAGGUUUCUGACUUUGGAGGACUCUUUCUUACUAGAAAAUCGAGCGACACUUAGAGCAAUGUCUGAGCUUGGGGCAAUUCUAUUCUAUUUCUACAUAUGUGACCGGACAAAUUUCUUGGGAGACUCUACAAAGCACUACAACCGCGACCUUUUUCUCUUCCUCUACAUUCUUCUUAUCAUAGUUUCAGCUAUGACUUCUUUGAAGAAACAUACUGACAGAUCAGCAUUCUCUGGAAAAUCCAUACUAUACCUUAAUCGUCAUCAGACUGAAGAGUGGAAAGGGUGGAUGCAGGUCCUAUUUUUGAUGUACCAUUACUUUGCUGCAACUGAGAUAUACAAUGCAAUUCGUAUCUUUAUUGCUGCAUAUGUUUGGAUGACUGGAUUUGGAAACUUUUCCUAUUACUACAUUAGAAAGGAUUUUAGCCUAGCACGCUUUGCACAGAUGAUGUGGCGACUAAACUUCUUUGUGGCAUUUUGCUCUAUUGUCCUCAAUAAUGAUUAUAUGUUAUACUACAUCUGUCCAAUGCACACGCUGUUCACUGUAAUGGUGUAUGGAGCCCUUGGAAUUUUUAACAAGUAUAACGAGAUAAGAUCAGUGAUGCUUGUGAAGAUUGCUGCAUGCUUUCUUGUGGUUAUCUUGAUUUGGGAAGUUCCUGGGGUCUUUGACAUGCUCUGGAGUCCAUUUGCGUUCUUUUUAGGGUAUACUGAUCCUGCAAAGCCGGAUCUCCCACGACUGCAUGAGUGGCAUUUCAGAUCUGGACUUGAUCGCUAUAUAUGGAUCAUUGGAAUGAUAUAUGCCUAUUAUCAUCCUAAUGUUGAGAAGUGGAUGGAAAAAUUAGAGGAAUCCGAAACCAAGAAAAGAGUCGCAAUCAAAGGGGGCAUUGUUGCAGUUUCCCUAUUUGUUGGUUGUUUAUGGUUCGAGUACAUUUACAAGCUGGACAAGGUUACAUAUAACAAGUUCCAUCCCUACACAUCAUGGAUUCCUAUAACAGUUUAUAUAUGCUUGCGGAACUUCACUCAGCAGUUUCGGAGUGUCUCUCUUACUCUCUUCGCGUGGCUUGGCAAGAUUACUCUGGAGACCUAUAUUUCUCAGUUCCACAUCUGGUUGAGAUCAAACGUGCCUAAUGGACAGCCUAAGUGGCUUCUUUCACUUAUCCCAGAAUAUGCAUUGCUCAACUUCAUGCUCACAACUGCCAUUUAUAUUUUGGUUUCGCACCGGCUGUUUGAGUUGACCAAUACACUAAAAACAGUCUUCGUACCCACAAAAGACAAUCAAAAGCUGUUUCAUAAUUUCCUUGCUGGAGGCGCAAUUGCUAUCGUGUUGUAUUGCUUCUCAUUCAUUCUUCUUUUGAUCCCUCAUUGACUGUAAGUGUGAAAAAUCCAGAGCCCAAGGCGAAUUAAUCUGGUUUUUCUGUUGGAUGUGCAAAUAUAUACGGAAUAAAGUAAGGUUGAUUAGAACAUGUUGCGUGCAUUUCUCCCUCGCGAAGCUAGUGGUUCCAUCAGUUUUUAAGGAUAAAUACAUUCCAUUUCUGGGCGAAAGCGAAGGAUGGAUGGCGGAUUCUCCCUGGAAAGUUUCGGGGAACUGGAACGACAUGGGAAGGAAAUUUUUUU